AUGCCUCAGUCCAAAAAUACUAGUAUAAUUGAUAAGUUAGAAAAAUAUCAAAUUAAUGGGUCUAUACAACGUUUCCAAUUUUGGGACGCAACGUUAAGACUAAAGAACUGGACACCGACCGAUCAAGAAAAUAAAGACCUGUUCAUUGUGAGUUUUGGCGCUGAGGGCAUUGACAUUCUCGAACAAUAUUUAUUUCCUGAAACCAUUCUAACGACUAAAUUUGAUAAGAUAAGGAGUGUCUCGCUACAUAUUUUUGAGAAGAAUAAAACCAUUUUGGGUAGUAGAUUAGACUUGUUAAUUAGGAACGAGAAUGAACCAAUUGGAGAGUUCGAUAAUAGAAUCAAAAUAACUGCCAAAGCGUGUUGUUUUAAGCAGUCAGAAGUUGACGGCCAGUUAAGAGAUCAAUUAGUUGCGGGUAUAGAUCUACCAGGUCUCGAAGUUGAACUUAGGACUAAAUAUCCUUUAGCAUUGGAUGUGAACAAAAAGCCCCUGACGUUCCAGUUCGUGCUAGAUAUGGCCACGGCAACAGAAAAUGCUCAAAACGAAAUGACUAUCAAAAAAGACUUGGUAAAUAGUGUCAGACCGCAAGAUUGCAAACAUAAAAUGCCUAAUUCACAAGAGUGUGUUAAGAGAGACAAUAAUUAUAGGAAGCCUAAUAACAAGUUUUACGAUAAUAAAUGUAAGAAUUGUGCCGGCUGGCAUGAAAAAUAUUUAUGCCCAGCUAAAGACAAAACAUGUUUUAAGUGCCAAAGAACCGGACAUUUCGCAGCAUGUAGCCGUAGUAAGCCUGUAUAUCGCAAUUUAAACUCAGUGAAACCACAUUUUCACUCAAGUGAUUCAAUUAAUAAUCUCCGGACAAGGGGAUUAAAUAAAAGGGCAAAGAUCACAGCCAAAAUAAAUGGACUUAGUGUCACUUUUGAUUAUGAUACAGGAGCACAAGCCUCUAUUAUAGGAUUAUUGGGAGAAAAUUGGCAAACCAUUAACAUCUUCCACAAACCCAUUAGCAGCCUUUGGAAAUAA